CCGGUCAAAAGAGCGUGAAUCCUUCUAAACUCUCUCGAUUUGAUAUUUUUGACAUAAUCAUGGCCAGUGAAGUAGUAGAAGAAGAGAAGGAAAGAUUGGUAAUAAUGGGAUCGUAUGGAGGAAUGGUUAGGCAGCUCAGGGCCCCAAAAGGAGAAGAAGAUGAAGAUGAAGAAGAAGAAGAAGACUCAUGUGGUGCUACGGCAGCUGAAGAGGAGAUAAUGUUGCUGUGGGGAAUCCAACAGCCAACUCUCUCCAAACCAAACGCAUUCGUCGCCCAAUCCUCUCUUCAACUCAAACUCGAUUCCUGUGGCCAAUCUCUCUCUAUUUUCCAGUCCCCUUCCUCCCUGAGCACUCCUGGGGUUACUGGUGCCGUCAUGUGGGACAGUGGAGUUGUAUUGGGGAAGUUCUUAGAGCAUGCUGUGGACUCAGAGUUGUUGCUGCUUCAAGGCAAGAAAGUUGUUGAAUUGGGCUCCGGCUGUGGUUUAGUCGGCUGCAUUGCAGCUCUUUUAGGUAGUCAAGCUGUCCUCACUGAUCUUCCUGAUAGAUUGAGGCUACUAAAAAAGAACAUUGAUGCCAAUCUGAGACAUGGGGAUGUGCGAGGUUCAGCAAAAGUGAUGGAAUUACAGUGGGGAGAUGAUCCUGACCUGGAACUGAUAGAACCUCCACCUGAUUUCGUUCUAGGAUCUGAUGUAAUCUAUAGUGAGGGAGCAGUAUUGGAUCUGCUGUCUACCUUGCGGCAACUCUGUGGGUCUGAAACAACAGUCUUCUUGGCUGGAGAACUUCGAAAUGAUGCUGUCCUUGAAUAUUUCUUAGAGUGCGCAAUGGAGGAUUUCAUAAUUGGGCGUUUGGAGCAGAGUCAGUGGCAUCCGGACUUUUGUAGCAGUCGUGUUGUUUUGUAUGUUUUGGUCAAGAAAUGAUGGCUGGUCUUUACGAAGAAAACAAAGAUUCCCUUUCUCCAAAUACUGUUGGUCAUAGUCGUAUCAUAUAACUCAAAUCCUCUUUAUACUGUUACAUUUGAUAUUUAGCAUUCAUCUCUUGUAGUCUGAAGUUUUUAUAAUCUCCAGAAGUGCGGAGACUAGUAAUAUAGCAAGCUUUCAUUACAUUAUUCUUGAAUUAUGCUGAAGUUAUUUUCGUUAUAAUUUGCCCCUCCAAAUUUGGA